GUGCAGUAGCAACCGGCCGUGGUGCACGUACGCCCCAAGCGGAUUGUAUCGGUACUAAUUUGAGCGCGAAAAUGAAGUGCUUGAACUUUUGUGCGUUUAUUUAUUUAUGUUUAUGGACUGUGAAUGGAGCUGAGAUGCAAUUCAAGCAGGAGAUGAAGGCGAUGGCUGAGCAGAUCGAGAGCCUGAAGAACAUGCAUCAGUCUGAUAUCUCCCGGCUGAAAAAAGAAAUUGAAGAACUCAAGCAACACCAGACUCCCACCGACAACCACGAACAAAAUGAACAGGCCACCCUGCAAUGGGCGAAAGCCUCCAUGAAUGAGCUCCGAGUGGAGAUGCGUGAGCUUGGCGAAAGUGUCAACAGCUCUGCGCUUUUGAAGCACCUUCACGUUAUGCGGAAUGAGCUGAAGCAAGCUUUGACUGAGGCUUCCGACUUGGUGCAGCUCACCAAGACUCAGGAAACUAGGAUUGACAAGUUGGACAGCGAAGUUGGAAGACUUAAAUACGAAAAUCAGCAAAUGAGGGGAAUGAUCGCCCAGCUAAGGACUCAAGUCGGAAAGCUGUCUAAAGAGUUGAAAGCGAAGCAACUGGACGAAAUGAAUAUGGAUAACUACAAUGAAGUUCUAGAGCACGAGGGCAAGAGAGGUCACAAAAUACGCCACAACAAAAUGAUACAUACCCAGAUCUCUCGUCUGGCUCGCAGCCAAGACCAACUCGACGCGUACCAACAGAGCCUGCAGAACCAACUACUCGACGUUCAACGACGUCUCGAUCGUAUCGAGGAGCCCAACUGGAACCUAAUUACGGCCAAAAUUGAAUUCUUCGAUUUGGAAACUAAGUCACUGCGAGAACAAUUGAAGAAUGUAUCGCAGAAAAUAUCCGAUUUCGAUAAAGUCCACGCGUCCCUAUUGGAGUUGCGAGAGGACGUCGAGAGUAUUGAGAACAAGGUCGACAAGACGAUACCGGAGUUCAGGAAGGAGAUAUCAAAGUUGGAUAUUAGUUUUGCUCAGUUGCACGCUGCCACGUCGUACCUGCGGGAAAACCAGGAGAACUUGAAACAGAGCGUGAAAGCGAUCGCCGUGAGUGUCAGCAACGUCAUCGACCGCUCGGAGCUGGAGCGGCUGCAGAUGAACAAGCUCAACGACUCCAUCCUCGACCUCAAGGCGUCCGCCAAACAGCACUUCUACCGCCUCAAUGAUCACAUUCUGAAGAGCGAGGUUACACAUGUCGAUUCGAACUAUACGGAGAUCGUUUCCCUUCCCGAGCUGAUGGGUGAAGUGAAGGAGCUGCAACCCGUCGAACGUGAGUACGAGGACCUGGUUAAACAGCUUCCCAAAGACUGCUCCAACGUAACUGGCCCCCCUGGAUCCUACCUAAUCCACCCUGGCAACACUCCCGUAGACACCUGGUGCAGUAACGGUACCACUCUUCUCCAACGUCGCUACAACGGCACUGUUGAAUUCAACCGUAAAUUCGGCGAGUACGUCCAAGGUUUCGGCGAUGCGUCUUCUGAAUUCUGGCUCGGUCUGCAAUCCAUGCAUGAGAUCACCGCCGACAACUGCUCCGCUAUGCGCAUCGACAUGACCGACAUCUACGGCAGCGUGUGGUACGCCCAGUACGACCACUUCUCGGUCGGUAGCGCUGACACCGGUUACGUUCUGGAGGUGAGCGGCUUCAAUGGAAACGCCAGUGAUGCCUUCGAGUAUCAGAACCACAUGGAGUUCUCGGCCAUCGACCGCGACAGGGACAUCUCGAACACUCACUGCGCCGCUAACUAUGAGGGAGGCUGGUGGUUCUCGCAUUGCCAGCACGUGAACAUUAACGGCAAGUACACGCUCGGCCUGACCUGGUUCGACUCCGCAAGGAACGAAUGGAUCGCUGUCGCCACCAGCGAGAUGCGCAUUUUCCGCAAGCCGGGAUGCGUUUAAAUUCGAAAUAAAUCAACCGAUAUCUUAUUCCGCACAUACGUAACGCUUGUGCUGUAGUGUUAAAUGUUGUAUUAUGAUAAAUCAUACCAAAGAUAAGCUAGUAAGCGAGCUACUCUAUGUAUGUUCAUAAGUAAUUCUUGAAGAAAGCUCUUAGAUUUAUGACUGAAUUUUUUCGCCUUAUCUUGAUUAUUUUCUCGUGACUACCGUGUUAUUCCCGUAGUUACAGUAUUAGUAUUAUUAUUAUUUGUAAAUUGAUUUCUUUCUGUAAAAACUGUAUACUUUAGUCAAAUAAAUUAUGUUAUAUUUAUUAUUAAGUGAUUUAUUAUAUUUAAGAUUUAAGCAUUAAAUGCAUGUACUGACUAUAUCUACAUAUAUCUCUGUCGCUUCAAACCAGUGUAUCUUUUCUAUACAUUCCGUUAGUCAAGUGUGUACAUAUUUUGUUAUUAUAUGUUAAAUAUUAUUUUUAGUUAUCUAAAUUAAUAGCUCUUAAUGCAAUUCACCGAUUUUAUUAAAUAUUUUCCCGUUGUACUUAAUUACACAACGCUUCAUUACAUUUAUUAUUUUAAUGGAAUAUUUAGACUAGUAUGAUGUGUCAUAUUGUUAAUGUAUCUUCAAAUAUGGUAGUAGAGUUAUAAUUAAUACAUGUGACCUAUAACUUGCAUUCCGGGGAUAACAAAUAAUAAGUAUAUACCAAAUGUCACUGAAUUACAAUAAAAAAAGUGAACUCCGGUUUCGUCUCUUACUCGGCGCUUAGAAUUAAAAUAUAAAAUAUCUUGAUGUUAAAAUCUCGUAGAAAAGCUGUACCAAUGGAUUUAGCCAAAUAAAAGUAUCAAAAUA